AGCCGAUGAGUUUUAUAGCAACUGUUGCCCAGUGAGGCAACGCCAUAGUCCCCGUAGUCCUGGCGACUGUAACCCACCAACAACAACCUCUCGCUCCAUCAUUACCACCUCCUCCACCAUCCUCAUCUUCAUCAACCAGUCCGCAGCUCAGGCGCCAUGCAGACCCCUGAAGCAGGCGCUGACUCCACCUCCACUGUCCCUCUCCAGACCACCGUGCCUGUCCAGCCUACCGGCUCCACCCAGCAGGUGCCUGUUCAGCAGCAGCAAGCGCAGACUGUUCAACAGGUUCAGCAUGUUUACCCAGCACAGGUGCAGUAUGUGGAGGAAAAUAGUGGCGUCUACACCAACGGCAACAUAAGAACCUACACGUAUUCAGAGCCGCAGCUCUACAGCCAGAACAGUGGAGGGAGCUACUUUGACACGCAGGGCAGCUCAUCGCAGGUGUCCACUGUGGUGACGUCUCAUGGCAUGACCAACAACGGAGGGGGGAGCACUGGAGGGAUGAGCAUGGGCAUGACAGGGGGUCAGGUAAUCAGCAGCAGUUCUGGGGCCUACCUGAUGGACAACGCCGGACCUCAUCCUGCCACCCAGACGCCACGAGCCUCUCCGGCCACUAUUGAAAUGGCGAUUGAGACGCUCCAAAAAUCUGAGGGUUUAUCCAGUCAGAGAAGCUCGCUGCUCAACAGCCAUCUCCAAUGGCUGCUGGACAACUACGAGACAGCAGAGGGAGUUAGUCUACCGCGGUCCACCCUCUACAAUCAUUACCUGCGGCACUGCCAGGAGCAGAAACUAGACCCUGUAAAUGCAGCAUCUUUUGGCAAACUCAUUCGCUCCAUCUUCAUGGGACUCCGUACGAGGCGCCUCGGGACGAGAGGGAACUCAAAAUACCAUUACUACGGUAUACGAGUGAAACCAGACUCGCCGCUCAACAGACUUCAAGAAGACAUGCAGUACAUGGCGCUCAGGCAGCAACCAGUUCAGCAGAAACAGAGGUUCAAGCCAGUGCAGAAGUUUGACAGUGGCUCCGGAGACAAUUACACAAGCGGGGGGCAGCACCAUCCUGGAGCGGCAGAGCAGACAGUCAUUGCACAGAGCCAGCACCACCAGCAGUUUCUAGAUGCAUCGCGGGCACUCCCUGACUUUAUAGAGCUGGACCUGGGACAGAGCAAUAUGGAGAACAUCAGUCCAGAGGAUGUGAAAGCUCUACAGUCCCUUUACAGAGAGCACUGUGAGGCUAUCUUGGAUGUUGUCGUCAACCUCCAGUUCAGUCUAAUUGAGAAGCUGUGGCAGACGUUCUGGCGUUAUUCUCCUCCUGACACAGUAGAGGGCGCCACCGUAACAGAAAACAGCAGCAUAAGCGAGAUUGAAGUGCGGCUCCCUCGAGCACAGCUUUUGGCGCUGUGCAGGAACGAGGCCGUUCUUAAGUGGAUGAGCACCUGUGACCAUUUAAUGUACCAGGCCCUCGUGGAGAUCCUGAUUCCUGAUGUCCUGAGACCCAUUCCCAGUGCCUUGACUCAAGCCAUUCGCAACUUUGCCAAAAGCCUGGAAGGUUGGCUUAGUAAUGCCACGAAUGCCAUUCCACAGAGAAUGAUCCAGACCAAGAUUGCCGCUGUUAGUGCCUUUGCGCAAACGUUGCGCAGAUAUACAUCGUUGAACCACCUGGCUCAGGCGGCACGUGCUGUGUUGCAGAACACAUCCCAAAUCAACCAGAUGCUGAGUGAUCUCAACCGCGUUGACUUUGCCAACGUACAGGAGCAGGCGUCCUGGGUGUGCCAGUGCGAGGAGGGCGUGGUCCAGCACUUGGAGCAGGACUUCAAGGCCACCCUGCAGCAGCAGAGCUCUUUGGAGCAGUGGGCAGCCUGGCUGGACAACGUUGUCACCCAGGUGCUCAAGCCUUACGAGCACCGGCCCAGCUUCCCCAGGGCAGCCAGGCAGUUCCUGCUGAAGUGGUCCUUCUACAGUUCUAUGGUGAUCAGAGACCUGACCCUGCGUAGUGCUGCCAGUUUUGGUUCCUUCCACCUGAUCCGUCUCCUGUAUGACGAGUACAUGUUCUACCUUGUGGAACACCGGGUGGCUCAGGCUACUGGAGAGACGCCCAUUGGAGUCAUGGGCGAGUUUGACAACCUCCACACCUUAUCCCUUGCUAGCAUUGAUAAAGACGAAACUAGCGGGAUGGACAGUGACUUGGAAGAGGACACAGAGGACUCUGGAGAACCUCUCGCUAAGCGCGAGAAGCCGGAGCACGAGGUAAUCCAAGUGAUCCAGGUCGGGGCACUGGAGGACGGGUCCCACCCUGUGGUGGGUGUCGUCCAGCACAGUGUUCUCCACUCGCUGCAGCAGCCUCUGCAGGACCACACUGAACACAUCCUAACGUCCUCUGCUGGGACUCCCACCAUUCGCCACUGCAGCACCACAGGCAACACGUAUGCCUCCGUUUGAGGGUCAAAGGGCACAGCUUCACCUUGUCUGCCUAGUUUUACCGUCUCACUCUCCACGUCUCUCUCUUCACGUCUAGAUGUCUGCCAUCUUUUUACAUGCGUUGUCUCUGUUUGCGCUCUGCCCCGCGUAGCGGGUGGAGGAGUGACACUCCGGCCAGGAUGUGCUCUGUCCUUGUCUGUUUGGAUUCUGGAUGUGUAGUCGCCUCGUUUCAGUCUGUGGAAGGGACCUGGAGGAAAAGGGACUCGAGUGCGCCGUUAAAUGUUUCCUCUUCAGACGCGACUUAAGGCUUCUGUCUGUCCACACGGACGGGUUUUAUCCCUUCAAACUGCUGAUGUCUCAGAGCUCAAAUCCAUGUCACUAGUCCCAGUAGAGCAAAACGCAUCAAAUCACUCAAAAUCUCCACCUGUUGUACAUAGUUUUGCUGUUCUUCUUUCGAUCGACACUACUCCAAACUCAUGGUGCUAUCAUUGUGGUUUGUUUUUCAUGGAAUUUCUUUGUCUUUUCUGAUUUCUGUCAACAACGCUGAUAGACUCCCGAUUGAGCGAGACGUUUCUGAGUGUUGUAUGUAGCUAGACAACAAAGGGUCAGAUUCUGGAAAUGAUGGAAACUUCGGUUUGAGUUAUAUGGUAGCCACUUGCACAAAAACACUUGCAUCUUUUAGUGAUAUUAGAAGUAAAAAAAAAAAACUAAAAAAAAACCUGUACUGCUGCUUUUGUGUAUACAGAUGAGAUUCGGGAUGAAAUGGGGAGGGGGGGGGAAAGCUUUUUUUUUUAUGCACCGCGUGCAUAGUGCUUGCCUUUUAGAUGCCUCGUAAUGUGGUUUACGUGACGUGAUCUUGAAAGACUCUUGGCAGCCGUUUUUCCCUGCUUUUACAAGUUUCUCACUUCAUGAAAUUCCUUACGUUUGCAGUGGACCAAAAAAUUCAACCAACAGAGGAGGCUAAGCGCGAGUCUCUCGAUGCCACACGGAUGCUGUUCCCCGUCCCCGCAGUGCCAUGUCGCGACGCAGAAUAAAAAGAAAAAACUAAAAAUGGAAAAAAAAUAAAUAAAAAAUAGAAUGUCAGGGAUUUAAUGUACCUCGGCUUUAUCAUAGUGCCUUAUCCUUAAAUGCAGCUCGUCCGCGUAGUCCUGACCUGAGGUUGCCCAGCCGCAGAUUUGGUUUCUGGUGACUCGUGGCUGGAUUUGGGCUGGCUCAUCAGUUCUUUGUUGUUGUUGUUUUGUUUUUGUUUAUUUGUUUACUUCUGAACCUAUCCGAGUCACAGUCACAGUUUUAGCCUUGUCCUGCCCUCGCUCUGCCUUCUCGAGGCCUAUUUCUCGCAUUUAGCCUUCGUCAUCGGAUGAAGUGAGUGCGUGUCUUGCGUGGGUGUGUGUCUUUGACUGGGUCUGCGCUGUGCUUUUUAUGUGCUCAUACGCCCUUCAUCUUGUGUGCUUGUGUGUGUGCGUGCGUGUGUGUAUGUGUUGGGAACACAUCCAUCAGUCACCCUACCUCAAACCGGUGGUGCCAACCCUUUGAUGCGUGCAGCACAGUCACCAAACCUUAAUGCACACACACCACUGUACUGCACAAAUCUCAACACGAAGAGAAAACCUGCAUUGCUUUUCUCUCACCUCUGAUGUACUUUGAUUUCAGUUUUUAGCCCAUAAAAUGCUUAACCCUUUGUUCCCUGUUUAGAGACCAUCUUUGUACAGUGGACCAAAAGUAGAUAUUUUCUAAUAUUCAGAGAUAUAAAUAUAUAUAUACAGAUAUAUAUAUAUAUAUAUGUAUAGUAUAUAAAAUGAUGAUACACUACAUAUAUUUGUUGCUUUUUAUGUGUUUAAUCCGAUUGUUAAGACGUGAAUGUUUCUUUUGGUAGCUCAUCUGUAAUUACUUCAUUGACUGUGAAAUAUGAACAGCUUGGGAACUGCAGCGCCUUGCCAAAGUAUUCUCGCCUCCUUUCACAUUUUGAAACCUUGCUACGGCAAACUUCACUUUGAUUUCUGUCUGGAGCUCUCCAAAAACUAAACUGGUGCAUAAUUGUAGAUGGGUUGGAGUUUGCAGAUCUGAAAAGUGUGGCCUGCAUUGUUAUACGGCUGAUUUUUCUUUUGCUGCAUGUAGAGCUGCAUAUCUGUUGGGUUUUACUCUACCAGCUCUGACAAUCUUAAGACUGGAGUUUUGGCCCAUUCUUCUUCGCAAGUGUUUUCAGACCUGUAGCUCGUUUACUUUGGUCCAAAUCACUUGAUGGGUUUAACUUUUAGGGGGGAAAAAACUCUAAACCUACAUUCAGCCUCUAUUGGUCACACGUGUUUAACCUAAAUGCAAAUACAGAAAGCACUCACUGUGUUCUGAGCUGGUAGGAAUCAUUAGUGUGAGUUGCAGCCUACACAAGGUGACUGUGUCAAAUCCCAUUCUCACCGUAAACAAACCACCACAUCUGCCACAACUGGACCAGAGUUCGUCUUUAAACAAGCUCCCGUAUCAGUUGCAGGAUAUCAUUGAGGGGUAUCAGAUAUCAGGUCACACUCCAGAUUUCUGUUGAUCGUUUUAUAUCAUUUUCUUUCUACUUCAGUUAUGCACCAGUUUGUUUUAGUGGAUUACAUAAAAUUCCAAAUACAUAUGAAGAAGUUUGUGUUUGUAAUCCGAUAAAAUGUGGAAUUGGUGUGAGAGGCAUAAAUACUUUUGCCAGGCAUUGCAUUGUAACCUUUGAAUCCUUAGACUACAACUAUACUUGAACUGUUUUAGCCUUCUACGUUGUGGGGAAUAUUGAGAUUAACCUCUAUGUGGAAUUUUUGUUUUUGUUGCUAGACACAUUUUUGCCGUUUUUUUAAAUGCUCGUCUGUAACAUUUCUCCACAAAAUGUUUAUUUAUUGAUAUUUAUUGCAUUUCUGUUUAAAGUGCUAAUGAGUACGAUGUAAUGGCAUCUGACGAUAAAUCAGAAAUUAUCCCACUGCAAAGUGCAAACCUACUGUACAGAGAGCAGAAAGUUGAUUGUUUUGUUUUAUUCUUUGUAUUCUCUGUAGGCUGAAUAUUUGUGUUAAAGAAAAGGGGGAGUAGUAGCACUGUAUUUGCUGUAAUUACAAACCUUUGUCUUGCUAAAAGUGCACAGGUGGCUUGACUUUUUUUUUUGUUCUUGUGCAACUUAGAUGGGCCUCAACAUUGAAUAGGGUGGGAAAGUGCAAAUACAUUGUGUGAUUUACGUUAGCGAGUCAGCGGACUCGAGGGGGUUGCUUGUUUGUUGGGGGGAGUUUUGAAAAGGAAGCCAGGUUCUCGCUCUGAUCGUGCCGUCUUGAAAUAUUUGACCCGAUCUAGAAACUGUCCACACUUAGAUCUGGCUUUCUAGUUUUAUUUGUUGGGGAUUGUUAAAAGUCUCGAAAAGACAAAUGAACUAUGCUUUCAAGGCCUUUUUCUUUCUUUCUUUCUUUCUUUCUUUCUAACCUUUUUUGUACCCACCUUACUCUUUUAAAAGAACUGUUCAAGUUCAGGCAAUAAGUGGAAACUGUGGCUUAAAACAUGAGAAAA